GUCUUGAUCACGUGACUGACAUUUGAUCAACCAAUCCCCGCGCAGUAACUAACCAAACCAUAAUUUUAAGAAAUGGCUGACGAUAAAGAAGUCGAAAAAACGAUCGCAGAAGACUUGGUUGUGACCAAGUACAAGCUUGCAGGACAAAUUGUCAAUCGUGUCCUGGAACAAGUUAUUGCAAAAUGUGUCCCAGAUGCAUCUGCACGGGAGAUUUGCGAGUACGGUGACAAGCUUAUUUUGGAGGAAACCUCUAAGGUUUUCAAGAAAGAGAAAGACUCCAAGAAGGGUAUCGCGUUUUCGACAUGUGUAUCAGUUAACAACUGCAUAUGCCAUUUCUCUCCCAUUCCUAGUGAAACUGACUAUGUUCUAAAACAAGGUGAUCUGGCCAAAAUCGACCUUGGUGCACAUAUUGAUGGGUUCAUUGCGGUUGUUGCGCACACUGUUGCUGUAGGAGGAGGUGAGGUGACAGGACGAGCAGCUGAUGUCCUCUUGGCUGCGCAUCUGGCUAGUGAAGCAGCCUUGAGGUUGCUUCGACCUGGCAAUGAGAACUAUGCCAUCACUGAUGUUGUGCAAAAAAUUAGUGCUGAAUAUGGUUGUAAACCUGUUGAAGGCAUGCUUUCACACCAACUGAAGCAGUUCCGUAUUGAUGGUGAAAAGAGCAUAAUACAGAAUCCAUCAGAGGCACAACGCAAAGAACAUGAGAAAGCUACAUUAGAGACCUAUGAAGUGUAUGCAAUGGAUGUGCUUAUUUCCACUGGAGAGGGUGUGGGGCGUGAAAUGGACACAAGGUGUACAAUAUAUAAAAAAACUGAUGAAAUUUAUCAGUUGAAACUCAAAGCAUCUAGAAUGUUCUACAGUGAGGUUCGCAACAAGCAUGGUUCAAUGCCAUUCAAUUUGCGCAGUUUUGACAAGGAGACAAGUGCAAGGCUAGGCGUUGUUGAAUGUGUCAACCACAAACUUAUUGAACCCUUCCAGGUCCUCUAUGAACGCCCUGGAGAGCUUGUGGCGCAAUUCAAAUUUACAGUGCUGCUCUUGCCUAGUGGCACUCAUCGUAUCACAGGCUUACCCUUUGACAAGAGCCAGUGUAAAACCGAACGCAGCAUAAAGGACCCUGAACUAAAUUCUCUCCUCAACUCUUCUGCAAAGUCAAACAAGAAGAAGAAAAAGAAAACUGGUGCUGAGGAACCAAUGGAAGUUGAAACUGUUGCCUAGCAACUAGAAUUUCCACUUAAACUGGGACAAAAUAAAUGAAAAUUUACAGCUUUUCUCAGCCUCUCUUCACAUGGACAAAUAUUUGAAUUAUGCAAUAUUAACUACUAAUUUUGACAAAACUGAAAAUAUUUUGACAGCACAGCAACAUUUUUGUACAGUAAAUAAAAUGUUUUAGUAAUUUUGUGUACAGUAAUGCCAUCUUUCAAAAAUGCAAAUGGCAAAUUCUUGACAAGUUAUCUGCAUGUGCUUAUUAUAAAAUUUUAUUUUCAUUUCAUGUAAAAUUUUUUUCCGAGCCUUUGACAUUGUAGUGUUUUGUAAUAGUAUUAGGAGAGUUAUGAUAUAUUUAAGAGUUUAUAUUUCAAAAAAUCAUUACAGCAUUCCUUUUUAAUGUAGAUUCCAAUAAUGUGUAAAAUCCUUAAUGAAUCAGACUCGUUUUCCAAGCAUUUCCCUAGUGGCGUUAAUAUAUUUAAAGAUUGUGAUUGAUGUGCACAAAAUUUGUUCCCCGUGUAAUAUACGAUCUCGAUGUGGUGACUACUUCUGUAUUGCACUCUUGGAGUUUUUGAGAAACCUGAAAAAGCCAACUUUGUAGAUAUAAUUGAUAAUCUUUACACUGAUUAAUUUUUUAUUGAUUCUACUAUAUUUUUGUAGGAUUAAAUUGUAGAGAAUGUGAAUGAUAGGCUAAACUUUCAGGUUACUCACUAACAAUGUUAUUGCUUAAUUAUAUACAUAUAUUCAACUGCAUAAAUAAUACAUGGUUUUCUAUUUUAUAUUAAAACAAAAUUUCAUAAUAUUGACAACUGUAUUACAAAAAUAACAGUAGAAAAUCUGUGCAAGUAAAUAAAUUCCAUAGCUUUGUUAUAUUAAUUAUACAUUUUUAGUAUUGUUUGUACAGAUGAUUGUAUGUAUGUACUAGGAAAAGGUGUAAAGAUAUGACACUGUGAGACUUUAAAAAAUAAACUGUGCCACAAUUGUGGUUUUUGUAAUAA